AAAAGUCAGACACACAAAACAAGGUAAACACUGAGUAAGCAAUAACUGUUGGAAAUUGUUUAUGUUUUAUUAUUACUCGCUCGGAGCCGUUCACGUUUUUUUGUUUCUUUCAUCACCUUUUUCUCCAUCCCAUUCCCUGCUGCUAGCUACUAAAUGCUCAUUCCUCCACACCACACACACCCUCUCUCUGCAACCCUGAUACAGUUUCAGCUAGCAGCUUUCUCUUGAUUACUCUUACCUACCCAUUUCUCUCUUUGUACUUACUUGUCUCUAACUAUGCUCCUGUCCCUUUCCUACAAACCUUUUUCAAGGUAACCUUCUUAAUGCAACUUGGUUCUCCAUUUUUCUUAUGUUUUCCUCUGUCUGAAUCAUAAAGUUCACAUUUUUACCUAGGUUGUCCUGUUCUUUCUUUCAUCUUUUAUCACAUUUUUACCUCACUGGGUUUAUGAGGGGGUGUUAAAAAUUGAGUCUUUUUUGUGAGGGGGUGUUAAAAAUAGAGUCUUUUUUGUGAGGGGGUGUGUUAAAAAUUGAGUCUUUUUUAUGAAUGUUUGGUGACUGAGUGUGAUUUGAAAAUGGGUGCUACUAACUCAAGAGCUGAAAAGAAUGAAGCUUUGAGUUUGUGUAAAGAAAGAAAAAGAUUCAUCAAGGUAGCUAUUGAUUCUAGAUAUGAUUUAGCUGCUGCACAUAUUUCUUACAUUCAAUCUCUUAGAAAUGUUGGUAUAGCUUUAAGAAGAUAUGCUGAAGCUGAGGUUUUUGUAGAGUCUUCUUUGUCAAUUUCUGAUAAAACCCCUUCUCAAACUAGUUACCCUUCUCCAUCAUCACCAUUGAAUGUUACUGAGGUUGAAGUUUCAGAUUCACCUUUGCAUAAUGAAAGUCCUUUUUCAACACCUGCUCCUUCUCUUAGUUACAUGAGAUCAGGUGGUAAUGGUUGUGUUACUGUUACAAUCGAUGCUUGUGGUAACAACUAUUUAGAUGAUGAAUCCAAUGUGGUUUCUCCUAUGCCUCCACCUCCUCCUGAGUUUGGUGCAUCUUGGGAUUUCUUUGAUCCUGGAGAGGAUAGUGAGAGCUUUAGGUUUGUAGUGCCUGGUAGUGAGUUCAAAGAUUGCAGGGAUCAGUGGUUACAAUCUGGUUUAGAUGAUCAUUCAGUUGUUUCAAGUGGAGUUGAGGGUUGCAAACAAUUGGUUGAUGGAAAGGUGAAACAGUUAGAGGCACCAGGUAGUACUGGUGAUGACAUAAAUCUUGAUGUGGCUGACAAGGGUGAUGUUGGAAGAUCAAGUUCAAAGAAGGAGGAGGAGAAGAACAUGGCUGAGAAAAAUGUGUGCACAGAAAGAGAGGAUCCUUCAGAGUUCAUCACUCACAGAGCUAAAGAUUUUCUCUCUAGCAUUAAGGAUAUAGAGCAUCGGUUCAUUCGAGCUUCGGAAUCUGGUAGGGAUGUUUCAAGGCUGUUAGAAGCAAACAAAAUCAAGGUUGGAUUUUCUGAUGCAAAAGGGAAGUCGUCUACAAUGGCUUUGAUCACGGCCAUCCAGCCCGUUUGUUGCCGCAGAAAGACUUCACCCGUUUUCCAGGAACCUGUACAAAAAAUUAUUAGUUGGAAAAGGACGACAUCUUAUCGAUCAUCCUCAUCCAGGAACCCUUUGGCUUCAAAAUCAAGGGAAGAUAUUGAUGAUAGUGGAAGUGACUUUGUUGAAGAAUUCUGCAUGAUUGCUGGAAGUCAUUCAUCCACCCUUGACAGACUGUAUGCAUGGGAGCGGAAACUCUAUGAUGAAGUGAAGGCUAGUGAAUCCAUCAGGAAGGACUACGAUCGAAAAUGUCACCAGCUUCGGCAUCAAUUUGCAAAAGACCAAGGAACUCAAGUGAUCGAUAAGACCAGGGCAGUUGUGAAGGAUCUACACUCGCGAAUAACAGUGGCUAUUUAUUCCGUUGAUUCAAUAUCUAAAAGAAUUGAAAAAAUGAGGGACGAAGAGUUGUAUCCACAACUUCUGGAAUUAACAGACGGGUUAGUCAGGAUGUGGAAGGCUAUGCUUGAAUGUCAUCAUGCACAAUACAUCACCAUCUCCUUGGCAUAUCAUUCAAGGAACACAACAGGAACCAUGCAAGGAGAUGCGCGCAGAGAAAUAAUAACUCGGCUGCUAGAAGAAAUCGAGUUAUUUGGUCUGAGUUUUGCAAACUGGAUAAACAGCCACACCUCAUACGUGGAAGCUCUCAAUGGGUGGCUGCAACACUGUAUACUUCAACCGAGGGAGCGUUCCCGGAGCAGAAGGCCAUUCUCCCCUCGCCGAGCUCUGGCUCCACCCAUAUUUGUUCUCUGUCGUGAUUGGUGUGCUGGGAUCAAAUCUUUACCUUCUGAGGAACUUAGUGAUGCAAUCAGAAACUUUUUGUCUGAUCUUCAUACUCUGAUGGAGCAGGAAAAUGACGAACUUCUUAAGAAACAGAAUUCAACUCAAGCAAGCAUGCUAGAAAGCGAGGUUAAAGCAAAUGAAGACAAUGGAGGCGAGUCUGCAAAUUUGAGUUGUAUGCAUGCAAGUUUAUCCAAGGUUCUUGAUCGGCUGACCAAAUUUUCUGAAGCAUCGUUGAAGAUGUAUGAAGAUAUCAGGCAAAAAAGUGAAGUGGCUAGAACUGCAUACUAUAAUUGCAAAACUAUCAGAGCUUAAAAAUGCUAAUUCUCAACUACAUACUUUCUGCUGUUGUUAUGAAACACAACCUAAAAGCAAAAAACUAAAAAUAUAUGGAUCUUGACUCCCCUGUACUUGUUUGAAAAAGAAAUUUGUUAGAUGAAGAUUGGUAUCUGUAAAUGAUUGUCACUAGGAAAUAUUUGCUUACUUUGUGGUAGAAGUAGAACUAUGGUUACUUCACUGAUGUUGUUAUGUGACGGUGACAGUUGGUUUAAUGUAGCAAAAGUAAAUUGAUUAAAUCUUAAUUACUACUUUAUGCAUCAAGGCUAAGAAUCAUAAUUAGAAG